CGUUAGUCGAGUGGCUCCGGCGCAGGCGGUGUCCGUUAUACGGCGUCAGGUUACGGUCACGUCUAUAUAAGACCGUGGCGUCUUCUUCACCAUUUCAUUCGGUUUGAGACGCCCGGCCCAUGUGCCUUGUCUCUGUACGUGUUGGAUAGAACGCUCGUGCCGGUGUCGAGCACUGUUCGUUCCCUAGCCACAUUCGCUCAUUCGUUCGGGAUCUAGUGCUCGCUUCAUUCUCACCCUCGGGACACAGUUUAGUUAUUUGUGAACUUUAUUUCUGUUGAACAUUUUAUUUUUUCUUGUGAAACCCGAAAACAGUGAAGCAGGCUGCUGUACUCAGGAAUAGGUUCCUGUGUAGCUGUGAUACUUCUUCAAUACAUCGGUUGGCGCAGCCGUCGGCAUGAAGGGUGAUACGCUGCGCGUGGCGCGGCUUGCCUUGGUACUACUACAAGCAUCGUUUGCGUUCAGUCGAAUUGCGUUCGAGAAGCUGACCGAUGUUGAUUUCACUGGCACGGCGUAUUAUACCGUGCGCAACCUUUCUCUAUACGAGUGCCAAGGCUGGUGCAGGGAGGAGCCAGACUGUCAGGCUGCGGCCUUCAGUUUUGUAUUGAACCCAUUGACGCCGGUACAAGAGACACGGUGCCUUCUGCAGAAUGAUACUCAAGCCAACAACCCCAUGGCUACACCUCAGCGAGCGGUGAACACAUACUAUAUGGUGAAACUCCAAGUUCGGACAGAGAGUGUGUGCUUGCGGCCUUGGGCCUUCGAGCGUGUGCCUGGUAAGGCGCUGCGAGGCCUCGACAACGUCAUUAUCUAUACGUCCACCAAAGAGGCUUGCCUCGCCGCCUGUCUAAAUGAGAAACGGUUCGCGUGCCGAUCGGCGGAGUAUGAGUACGGCAGUAUGCGAUGUGCUCUCAGCGAUUCUGAUCGCCGCACCGCGCAACAUAUCGUGCAGCUUGUGGACACACCUGGCACGGACUAUUUUGAGAAUCUCUGCCUGAAGGCGUCGCAGGCGUGCAAGAACCACCGCAUAUUCACCGCUCCGCGCGUUGGCGUCGCUGAAGACAAAGUGGCACAGUACGCUGGGUUACACUACUACACAGAUAAAGAGCUGCAGGUGACGUCCGAUUCAGCUUGCCGUCUAGCCUGCGAGAUUGAGUCGGAAUUCUUGUGUCGUUCGUACCUCUAUCUGGGCGCGCCUCACUCCACCGCGUACAACUGCCGCCUGUACCAUUUGGAUCACCACACACUGCCUGAUGGACCUUCAGCUUACCUCAAUACAGAGAGGCCCUUAAUUGACGACGGUGAACCUAUCGGAAAAUACUUCGAGAACUUCUGCGAGAAGCCGCCGAGCAACUCUAACCCGGGCGGCGAGCUGCCUGUCACAAUUGAGCAUCAGCAGGACACGAACACAUCCAGUAACCUGACGAGGAACGACGCCAACUGCGACAAGACUGGCACUUGUUAUGACGUGUCGGUACUCUGUAAAGAUACAAGAAUCGCUGUGCAAGUCCGCACCAACAGACCUUUCAACGGUCGUAUUUAUGCCUUGGGCCGUUCGGAGACUUGUAACAUCGACGUUGUCAAUAGCGACCUCUUCAGGCUAGACCUUACGAUGGCUGGACAAGAUUGCAAUACACAGAGCGUCACUGGGGUCUAUUCCAAUACAGUCGUCCUCCAGCACCACAGCGUGGUUAUGACAAAGGCCGAUAAGAUAUACAAAGUGAAAUGCACUUAUGAUAUGAGUUCAAAGAACAUCACAUUCGGAAUGGUGCCAAUCAGAGACCCCGAGAUGAUUUCCAUUACUGCAUCUCCCGAGGCGCCAUCACCGCGCAUCCGUAUUCUGGAUGCACACCAACGGGAAGUCGAGACUGUGCGCAUUGGAGACCGUCUCACCUUCCGUAUCGAAAUACCGGAAGACACACCUUAUGGUAUCUUCGCUCGCAGCUGCGUUGCUAUGGCUAAAGAUUCGAAAACUACCAUCCAGAUUAUUGACGAUGAAGGUUGCCCUGUGGAUCCCUCAAUCUUCCCUGCGUUCACUCCGGAUGGUAACUCGCUGCAAACUGUGUACGAAGCGUUCAGGUUCACCGAAUCCUACGGAGUUAUCUUCCAAUGCAACGUCAAGUAUUGUCUUGGUCCCUGUUCACCAGCUGUAUGCGAAUGGGCUAUGGAGUCGAUCGAGUCCUGGGGCAGAAAGAAGCGUUCGUUGCCCCAAAACGAUACCGACAAUCACUCACAAGAAGAAAAUAUGAACAUUUCUCAAGAGAUCCUCGUGUUGGACUUCGGCGAUGAGAGACAGAGCACGGAUUUCCUAAGAUCUGACAAGCCAGGCGGUACAGUUUCUGAAGCUAAUUACGGUGAGAAAACCGUGACAAUAGUGGAGCCCUGCCCCAGCAAAAUGUCAGUACUUCUACUCGGAGUGGCAUGUGCGUUGCUGGUUUUACUUUACAUCGCGACAAUCUUCUGCUACUACAUGCGCAAGUGGCUUUCACCACCCAAACACAUGUCGUAAUCCUACCUAUUCUAUCAAGCUAAGAGGCUACCGACCACAGCAGUUUCAAAUUCAAACAAGGAGCUUGUGAUACAUUUUUGACUGAUGACAAAACUCAAGUUCACUGGUCAAAAUCCGUCCCGUAAUUAAGUAUUGUCCGUGGUGAUUACAUCCGAAUUGUUCUGAUAUUAUUUUUUGACCACCGCGAGUUUGUAUUUACUUUAGUGGUAAUUUAUUGCAUUUAGAAGCAUUUAUUAAUAUUAAGUAGGAAUAUGAAUAGAACAAAUAAACUGAUGGAUAAUUUUACUCUAAAACAGUUAUAGAUAAUACUUCAUUUAACUGAAUUUACAAUAAAGUUGAUUGGUAAUUUAUUACCCUCCGUUAGCAGCACUGAUGUGGGAUAUAGGAAAUUUUAAUUAUUAAGACAAUGCAUUUAUUAGCUGUAAGUGAUAACCAGUGUUUUGUACAAUUGUUGAGUACAUGGUACUUGAAGUGUGUGUGAAGACUUUGGAAUGAUCCCCGAAAAUUAUUGAAUUUUUACAUCAAUGAAUUUAUUUUUCUGUGGGAUUAUUCCGAAUUAUUUAAAUUGGAGUUAGUAUUGAUUUAUAGUUAGGGAACAUCAAAGCAUUUACUUUUAAAUAUAUUAGUGUGAGUUUUAAGACAUUCCAACUUUUAUAUGACCUUUUGGCAUAUAUUUUAUUGUAGCUUGCUUUUUAUGAUGUCAAAAACUUAAAACAUGAUUUUUUGUAAAUAAUUUUGUUUAUAUACAUAUUGUUUGGCUCUAACUUUUAGAUAUCCUGAAGAACUUUCAGUUGGGUUCUGUAGAAAUAUAAAUAGAACUAUGUUUAAUUGUAUUGACAUACAACCAAGUAGGUAGUCAUACAAAUAUAUAUUUGUUUCUCUUAACCCAACUUGAGACUUCUAUAUUAUUUAUUUAGCCUAAUUUUUACAUUUUACUAUUUAUUUUUUCAUUACAAUUAACAAAUGAAAUAAACUU